UUCAUUGCAUCUCUGCUUGCAACAUCUCGAUCAGCUGACAAAGAACGAACGAAGAAAAGAAGAGAAAAAAGAUAAACAUAUGGGAUAAUAUGAGAUAAACAUAUGGGAUGUUUAUGGUCUGGAAUAAGACUUAAUGCAAAACAAAAAGAACACGCUUUCUGGCGAACAUAAUUUUUUUAAACUCAGAUAAACGAACAAUUUUACUGCUACCUUUCCUGCUUGCAAAAUUCUUUAAUUGAUAUGCCUAAAGUGAAAAGUGAAAAGCGAAAUCGUUUGCAUCAUGAAGUUCAAAAACAGGGUAUUCUCUUUAAUAAGGAAUUUGGUCAGCAUAUAUUGAAGAACCCUUUGGUUAUAACAAGUAUGCUGGAAAAGGCUGCCAUUCGCCCCACUGAUGUGAUAUUGGAAAUUGGACCUGGUACAGGUAAUAUGACAAUUCGAAUGCUGGAGCGUUGCAAAAAAGUGAUAGCCUGUGAAAUUGAUACACGCUUGGCCGCUGAACUUCAAAAGCGUGUGCAAGCCACUCCCAUGCAAUAUAAAUUACAAAUCCUUAUUGGCGAUUUCUUAAAAGCAGACCUGCCCUUCUUUGACUUGUGCAUUGCGAAUAUACCAUAUCAAAUCAGCUCACCACUUAUUUUUAAAUUGCUUUUGCAUCGACCAUUAUUUCGUUGCGCAGUGUUAAUGUUUCAACGUGAAUUCGCUCAGAGAUUAGUAGCAAAGCCGGGAGAAAAGUUAUAUUGUCGUUUAAGCGUUAACACUCAACUUUUGGCUCGAGUUGACAUGCUAAUGAAAGUAGGAAAAAAUAAUUUUAAACCGCCACCCAAAGUUGAAUCGAACGUAGUACGUUUGGAGCCAAAGAAUCCACCGCCACCAGUAAAUUUUACAGAAUGGGAUGGUUUAACACGCGUAGCCUUUCUGCGUAAGAAUAAAACUCUAGCGGCCGCCUUUAAAAUUAAUUCAGUUUUGGAAAUGUUGGAAAAAAAUUACAAGUUGCACUUAUCGCUAAGGAAUAAGCCCAUUGAAGGAAAUUUUAACAUGCAGGCAAAAGUUAUAAAUAUAUUGGAGAAGGUCAAUAUGGCGAAUACAAGAGCACGUUCAAUGGAUUUGGAUGAUUUCAUGCGUUUAUUAUUAGCCUUUAAUUCGGAAGGUAUACAUUUUAAUUAAACCAAAACGAUGACUAUAGUUUGUGUUUAUAAAAAAUAAAAUUAUCUUUUUCCUUUUUUAAAAAAAAAGAUAUG